AUGCCGGAGCCUUCUCGCUCCACUCCAGCCCCCAAGAAGGGUUCCAAGAAAGCCAUUACCAAGGCGCAGAAGAAAGACGGCAAAAAACGCAAACGGGGCCGCAAGGAGAGCUACUCCAUCUAUGUGUACAAGGUGCUGAAGCAGGUGCAUCCAGACACCGGCAUCUCGUCCAAGGCCAUGGGCAUCAUGAACUCCUUCGUCAACGACAUUUUCGAGCGCAUCGCCAGCGAAGCCUCCCGCCUGGCGCAUUACAACAAGCGCUCGACCAUCACGUCCCGAGAGGUGCAGACGGCCGUGCGUCUGCUGCUGCCCGGGGAGCUGGCCAAGCAUGCCGUGUCCGAGGGCACUAAGGCUGUCACCAAGUACACCAGCUCCAAGUGA